AACACCGGGUAUAUAAGAGGGAGGACUUGCCUCUCCUGCCAUAACCCGUCGCUCCACACCUCUAACUGCGUCGUUUGACAGCCUACCGUCGCUUCAUCUACCAUUACCCACCACCAGGAUGAUAGGCCUAGUUGUGCUUGCUGUUGUGGCGGCAGCGGCGUCUGCCUCUCCCCUGGCCCAAGGCGGCCGCUUCGUCUACACCAGGGACGACUCCUUCGAGCGGGGCGUCGCCGACUACUCCCUGGAGUACCUUCCCCCUACCUUCAGGUCUGGCGCCGCGGCCCCAACAGUCUUCGGGACCGGACUCUUCAAGAGCGCCUUCAAGCCUGGCACCUUCCCAUACAACAUUGGUCUGGACAGCCCUGAGGACCUGGCCUACUACUACCUGAAUCAAAACAACAAGCCGCAGACCCGAAGUGAACGCGUCAACACCCUCACCCAAGUGCUCAACACUGCCGGGUACGACAUCUCCCUCGACGACCUCUACCGCUACCCUGGCCUGAGGACUGCCAUCGCGCAAGGAGAUGGAGAGCUCCUCGUCAACCACUCCGGUGAAGUGUUCUACCGCCCCGGACCUCCAAAACCGGCGCAGGAGGCGGGAACGGGAGUCCAAGUUGCCAAGAAGUGAUCAACCAUCUCCAAGAACUGUCUGCUGGGGGGGAAGAAGGAGAAGGUCGGGUUCUUAAGUCCCAAACAAGCUGAGGACCUCUGCGACGCGCGGAGUUUCGCGCCAACAGCAGGGGCGACUGUGGCAUCUUCAAGUGUACUUUGACUCCCCGGCGAUUGUUAGGAAACUGCCAUAUCCCUCAAUGACCUUUCUCCCCUUCCUCCCUUACUCUUUCCAUAUAUCUUUAUUGCUUAAUAUAUAUAUAUAUAUAUAUAUAUA